GAUAACCUAUUAAUCCAUGUACAUAUUAAUUAGCAGAUUCCGAGAAAAUAUUUGUGACGACGAUGACAUUUGAGGUUCAACUGCACUUAAUGAACAAUCACUCAUGUGGUUCGAUGAUGCGUGUGCGUGAUGAGCAAUACUGGUGUGAUGUAUGUGAAAAAUCAUUUUGUCACAAUAGCCAACUGAUGGUUCAUAAACGGACGCAUACGGGAGAGAAGCCAUACUCGUGUAACGUAUGCGAAAAAUCGUUUAGUAGCGGUGGACAACUAAUGGUUCACAAGCGGACCCACACAGGAGAGAAGCCAUACUCGUGUAACGUGUGUGAUAAAUCUUUCUCUCAAAGCGGUAAUCUUAAAGUUCAUCAGAGGACGCACUCGGGCGAGAAGCCAUACCCGUGUGACGUAUGCGAAAAAUCGUUUAGUAGCGGUGGACAACUAAUGGUUCACAAGCGGACCCACACGGGAGAGAAGCUAUACGCAUGUAAUGUGUGUGAUAAAUCUUUCUCUCAAAGCGGUCAUCUUAAAGUUCAUCAGAGGACGCACUCGGGCGAGAAGCCAUACCCGUGUGACGUAUGCGAAAAAUCGUUUAGUAGCGGUGGACAACUAACAGUUCACAAGCGGACCCACACAGGAGAGAAGCCAUACUCGUGUAACGUGUGUGAUAAAUCUUUCUCUCAAAGCAGUGAUCUUACAAUUCAUAAGAGGACGCACUCGGGCGAGAAGCCAUACCCGUGUGACGAAUGUGAAAAAUGGUUCGCUUGCGCAUCGAAUAUGACUAAACACCGACGAAUUCACAAGAGAGAGAAGCCAUAAAUUACGUGAUACGCCCACUGCCCAGAUUUCAUAAUAUUUAUGUACGCGUGUUUUUUUUGUAUGUAGAAAUGUAUCAAUUAUAAGUUGCGUUUAGAUUUUCAAUGUCAUUAACAAGAGAUGCCUUCUGGCUUUGAUUUGCAGUUUGAAUUAUUAAAUACACUACU